AUGAGCGGCGGACCGACGCGCGUCGCGUCGCGGGCGCUCGCGCGCGCCCUCUCGCGGCCGCUGCACACGUCCGGCACCAAAGAUAAGGCCGCGCACGCACUCAACCUCGCGUCCGCCGCCGCGCAUCCUCCACCGGCCGCCUCGUCCGCGAGCGCGCUUCCCUUCUUCGCGAGGUUCAUCGGCGCGAUACUCGACGUGGCGCUGACCCCCGCGCAGAGAGCGGCGAUGCUCGACCGGACCACGAACGACGACGGCCGAGGUUUCGCCGCCGCCGGCGUCGCACGCGGAGACUCCGACGCGCUCGCCGCCGUCGCCGCCGCCCGCCGCGAGCGCGACGUCGCGCUCGAUCGAGUCGCGGACCUCGAAUCCACCACCGCGUCGCUCCGCGCGUCCGUCACGAAGCUCGAGGGCAAGACGUGGUCAGAUUCCGACCAGAUGCGACUUCUACGCGAUCAGCUGUGGCAGGCUAACCAGGACGCCGCGGACGCCCGCGUCGCGCUCAACGCCGUCCGCGAGGACCUUGAGCACGCGGUACGCAGGGAGGCGGACCUCGCCGUGCGCGUCGUCGCCGCGAAAGACGAAGCCGUCGCCGAAGUCGUGACUCGCGCCAAAACCGAAUUCGACCAACUGAGGACGUCCAUGGAGGAGAAGCACACGUCGCUGCUCGCGUCCGUGGAGUGCAAGGUGGCCAAGCUGGAGGCGACCGAGGCCAAGGCGCGCGGGCUCGAGGCUGCGCUCGCGGCGGCGGAGACGCGACUGGCGGAGACGAGCGCACUCGAGAAGAAAGUCGCGAGCCACGAGCUGUACGGGACGAUGCUGCGAGACUUCGGGUACAAGAAGAUCUACGCCAUGCCCGCGAAAAACUUGGUGUGCAAGGAUAAGGUGGGCAUCUACGACCAGCAGAGGGCGUUCAGGGCGGAGCGCGCGCAGGUUAUCGCGGCGGAGAAGGCCAAGGAGGCCGUCUUCUCCCUCCCCGGCGUCGUCACCCUCGCCGAGGGAACCGCGGCUGUGAGGGGUAAAAAGACUAAAAAGAAGAGUUCGCUCCUCUUCGGGUCUUCGAGCGCAAACAACACCGGCGCGCACAUACUCGACGGCCAACACAGGGUCGGCGCGUUGGAGAUCCUCCUGAGCCAGGGCGUCAUCGCCCCCGAUCACACCGUGCUGGUCGAGGUCUUCGAGAACGUCGACGACGCGAGGGCGUCUGAAAUCUUCACCGAGAUCAACGCCGCGCAGCCCAUCCGGUUUGUGGACAUGCCCGGCGUCGCACCCGCGGAUGUGAAGUGGAUGCUCGAGGGCGCCGCGCAGCGGAUCAAGGAACGGUACCGCGCGAUGUUCAGCGCAUCCGAGCGAUGCAAGAUCCCCAACAUCAACCUCGACGUCCUUCGCGAGGAGCUCUUCUCCGCGGAGGUGGUGACCCGUUUCGGCAUCGCCGACGAGGAUGCGUUUGUGGCGUGGCUCGAGAGCGAAAACGCCAAACUGGCGCAAAGAACGGAGAAGGAGUGGCUCGAGGCGAGACCCAAGCGCGGCAGGGGCAGCACGGGCAGCGAGGAGACGUACCUGAAGGCGCUCGCGAAGGCUAAGGAGCACGGGUUCUACCUCGGGAUGGAUUUCUCCUGGCUCGACGUCACCGACGCCUAA